AUGCCAUCGAAACUUUCCAAAUGGUUAGCAUCGUACAAACCAUCAUCUCGUGAAUCAAUGGAUGAACUCAUUGAAUGGAUGUAUUCAAGUGCCAAACUGGUUGAUGAUAUAGAAGAGGCAUUCGAAAAACUAGUAUCCACUAGUUUACCAGCUUUACAAAAUUUUGUCAUCCUUUUAUUACCUUCAUUGUUACACGCGUAUUUGUGUCAUUCUUAUGAGGAUAGUAGUUCAGUAUUUCAAGUAAAGAAAAGUACUUCAAAUCAGGCUGAUUCAUCACAGUCAUCAUUUCUAAACAGUUUAAGCCUGCUAGAGUCUUGCUUAUUAAGUAUAUGCAACUGUUAUAUUUCAAGAAAUGGUCCAUUAAAAGGUGAAUUUGAAUAUUCUGGAAGUGAUAUUAGUAAUUUUCGUCUACCAUCGCUAACUACACCAUCAGUUUUUCAUGACCCUAUACCGAUAAGAGAAACAAUUGAAAGAAUUGAUGCCAAUAUUAAAUCUGAGAAUGAAAAUUACAGUCCACUUCGUGUCUCAGCAACUAUAUAUUUGAUUCAAAAUUAUAUUGAAACACUGUCUGUUCUUGAUUUACAGAAUACUGUUAUAUCUGUCUUAGUUUUUCACUCUUUAUCAAGAUUUUCAAAAUUUUCAAGUCGUAUUGUUAGUCUAUCGAAACGUCCGCGUAUUCCAACUUCUUCCAGUUUAUUAAUGGUAUUGUUAAAUUGUUCUGAUCUGAUUUUAUUCAAACUUGACUGCCUUGAUAAGUGUUCAGACAAUAAUGAUCGUCCUACUGAAUUUAUUCGAUCCUCUAUUAUAGAGAGUAUUAUAGAGAUAAGUAAUCGUGCUGCACAUCAUUGUUUCGCUUCUUGUUUAUUGGUGUGUCAAUCUCUUUUACACUAUCGUAGAAUCUAUUAUGGUUACCGUGAUCGAAAACCUCAGGUGACAAGUGAUGUAGCAACACGAGAUGUUGAAAAUGUUUCAGUUUCUCAAAAUGGACUUGAUGUUUCCGGUCAAGUAACGCCUGUAACUGCUGUUCACUUUGUAGAUGAUUCAACUGCAAAUCCUGAAUAUGCUACUCGAUCGAAGCUUAGUACUGCAACUACAGAAGUAUUUACAAGUGCUUCAUUUAAACUGGAGGCUGUGUCUGAAGAUAUCACACCUAUUAGUGAAAAGCCGCAGACGCAUAAAUCGGAUAAGUUAUAUAAACAGGAGAAUGUAAGUGGAUUACAUACUGAUAUAUGCAAUAGUGGUAGUAGUAGUGUUGUUAAGACUGAUACCAGCAAUAACUGCAAUAAUAAUAAUAAUAAUAAUAAGGAUAACUCCAGGAGAAGUAAUCGGGCUAAACUAGGCGUUGGUUUUAGAAUUAAACCUAGCGAUCACAGAAAGCAUCAUACUAUAGAAAAGGUUGUCUACACACCAGAAAAAGAACAGUGA